CGGCAGCAAUCUCUCUGGAUCUUCGAUCAGCGCUUCCCUAUUCGUCUACAGAAGACUUGGUUUGUCGGCAAAGAGUUGUCAUUGAUUGUUUUCGUCGCUCAGAUCUCUUUGCGUAGUUGGGAAGUAUAUAUCCCAAGAAAUGAUGCUGGCGGAUACGCAGCAGCAGCGGCACCCCAGGUCAGUGGAGGAGGAAGAAUCUUAUUCUUCUGAACCUACGCCUGUUCCGAACUCGUUCCGUCCUCCGCCACCGACGAAUCAGCCAUCGGCGCUCGCAAUGAUGAUGGGAUCGCCCCCUUCUGGAUCAGAAAGCCACGGGCAGUACCAAACUACGCUAUUGAACAGUACGGUGUUGUCCCUUUCGAUUGACGAUGUGGGCACCCUUCCCUCGUUGGGUCUAGAACCUCCCUCUCCUUUUUCCCAACCCCCAGAAUCAAUAAUGGGAACCCCUACGAACGCUCAAAACGAGGCUUCACAAACCGCAGCUUUGUCUCUGUCUCAAGCGCGACGAAAACAGCAACGGGAACAGAACAAUUAUUUUCCAUCGGCUCCAACAUCGGAAUCGCAUGGUGUCCGAAAGAAUAGAAACUCUCAGAAGACCCCUCCGAUUCGAGAGGUCUACAUGGAGGACGACCAAACCGAUCCAACGGACCCUGACAAACAUUUCAAUCACGAUUUCGCCAGUACAGAGGGGGGAGAAUCCGAUACUCUUUUCGAAAACCUUGAGGAUCAGUCCCUUGCAGAUCGUGCACGGCGGUCCCUGAGAUCCGAUGCCCGCUCGCCCUCUCGCCGUUCCAUGGGAUCUUCGCGUGGUGUGCGUUCGCAACCAGGAAAAGAACAACAUGGGAGGGGCAGCUCCCGAACGUGGGGAGGGCUCGAAAACAUUCACGAGAAUAUCGGAAGCGACGAUGUUGUGCGGGUCCACGAAUCUGCCUUGAAUGCACUCCAGCAGCUCAAGGAAGAGCUCGUCAAAUCGAAUCAACGAAAUGAAGAACUAGUUCGAGAACAAGAGAAGUGGAAACAGGAAGAGCAAGACUUGCGACAGCAGUUAACUACUUUAGAGGCAACGGAGCUUCAAAAAAGCACCGAUCUAGAUCGCCUUCGUCAAGACCACAGACGUCUCAAAAACAACAACGAGGCUACCGAAAAGCAACGCGACGAACUCGUCAAACAAAAACGCGACCUGGAAAAGCAGGCACGAGAGUCUGCCCGAACCAUCAAGGAAUUGCGUCACCGGACCUUGGCGGGGGAUAAUCGGCACAAGGAAUUCAAGGGACAACUCGACAAACUGAAUGACGAAUUAGAGGAUACUUUGUCAGCUAAGGGGGAAAUCGCUGCCGAGUUGGCUCGAGCCCAAUCGGAACGCAUGGAAUUAGAAAAAAAAUUGGAAACAGUUCAGAAGGAGCUAUCAGAGGCAACAAAUGAAAGGGACCGCGCUGCCUCGGACGGCAAAAAUAUCGAAGCGGAGCUGCUCAACGAGCGUCGGAAACUACAAGAGCUGCGUACAUCGAGUGAUUCUGACAUCAGACGACUCAACGAAUCACUUCGCAGGGCCAACGAGGCCAUGCACCGAUUGAGGGCAGAGCUCACGCCAAAGGUUCGCUCGGCCGUUCGGAACAUGAGUUCUCCGUCGUCUCAGAUGAGGGGGACCAGAACAGCGAUUUUUGGAAGCACGACGGCAUCUGUGGAAUCUACAUUGGGUCCACCUCAGACGCUGGAUACAGCCAUUGCCGAUCGCCUGGCUCGUCUUCGAGAUUCCGCGGAACGUGCUCAUCUGAUACGUGGACACAAACGAGAAUUGGCGCGGCUGAAGGCAGAUCGCGAUGCUGGCAUUCAGAAACUAGAAACCGACCAUGCCGAUGCCUUAAAGAAGGUCACAAAGCAACUUGAUGGCAAGCGACGGGCGGAUCUCGAAGAACUUGCGGACAAGCUCAAUCGUCAAUUCGAGAGCCGUCUUGAGGAGGUCGAGGAAGAGCACCGAAAACGCAUUUCCCAACUCCAGAAGGACUACGGGAGAUUGCAAGAAGAAUCGGAUGAGUCCCUUGAGGAAGCGCUUACCCGAAUCGCACGCGUUUCUCACAAUCACGAACGGGAGAAGGGACGGCGGCAUGCACUGGAGAGAACGGUGGAAGACCUGAAUCGCAAGAUGAAGAUGCACCAGAAAGAUCUAAGCGCCAAACACAAGGGAGAAUUAGAAAAACAGCGACAUCAAUGGGAAUCAGAGAAAGAAGUAUUACUGAGCAACUUGCAAAGGGAUUGCAACGUUGCUUUCGAGAACCGACGACGCAUCGUGAAUGGAAACCCCAAAUGGGCAGGAGCACCACUGGGGGUACCAACAACAGGUGUAGAACGGAACCACCUCCAUGUUCACACUACCCAGACACCGCAUUCGAUGCCAUCGCAAGGAGAGGUCCAUCGUCUUCAUCAGCAGCAAGAAAAUAAUGGGCCCAGUCCAUUGUCAAUGAAUUCAGAUCUUUUCUUCACCGAAACCAAGAACAAUCCGGCGAACUUAGUUGUUAACACAGAGGCUGCAGUGAAUCAAAACGCGUCCAAUAUCAAGCAAUCAAACGUUUUUGUCCCGACUGUGAUCCAUCACGAGGAUUCUCCUUCCCCGAUUGCGAUGGUGAGCAGAACGGGAAGCAACGAUGGAUCGCCAACGGUUGUCUCGAGAUCCUAUUCGGAUAUUGAUAGCGUACUUAGGGAGACGGAAGAGCUCGUGAAGAGCAUUCUGUGAAUUAUGACUCGGGGACCACGCACAGAAGAAGUAGAUCCACUCGAUCGAUCCAUACGUGUUUGGUAGUAUUAUUUGGAAGCUUGCGAUCGGGUUCAUCUCGAAUAGCAUAUGGGAACGAGUGAAAACUUGUGGUAUGUAAACAGCAAUACAGUAACUUUGAUAAUAGUAUGGUUCAUUCACUUGUUUGUCUACUGUAAACUUCAAAAAUAUAAUGUUGGUAAACACAGUCAUGCAACCUAUACAGCACUAGCUUGGUGACACAACGUGAAGUUUUAUAGCGGAGGUCUGUGUUUUUGAAAGAUUUCCUUUGGAACGAAUUUCUUCGGUUUUGUUUCCAAAAGAAAACAKGACCUGAUCGAUUGAACCAUUGCUUCCACUGUGUUACACAGCUAGAUUCCUGCUGAUUCUCCCCGCGUUUCUGCUCCGCGAUUGCACGGGACUACAGAAUCCGCUGCUGCGGAGCUCCAACGACCAUUGCAUCACGCGAUCCGGUAGAUGAGGUGGUAUCCGCUGUCGGUGCUGACGAUCCCGCUCAUCUCGUCCUUCCGGAGUGCAAAGGCGGCGUUUUCGAAGGGUUCCUGCAUCUGCCCCCGCCCAAAGAACCCCAGGUCGCCGCUGUUGCGGAAGGAGCUGCAAUCGCUCCGCUGCCCCGCGUAGCCGGGAAAGGUCUCGACGAUCCCCUCGGCCCGGAUCCUGCGUUCGAAUUCCUUCAGCUCGGCCAUGGCCUGAUCCGGAGUCAGGGUGAUUUCCUUCCCGGUCCUCCGGCUGACAGGGUUGCGGCUAG